UCUCCUCCAAUGAGAACCACUAGACCACUAGCACUUGGUUAGUUCCAGUGUUUAAACGGAACGCCUCUUUACCUCUCAAAGCUUAUCUUCACAAACGUAAACGAAAACAAUGUCGAUUAUUUUGUGUUUCUUUUUGUUUCUUCUUCUCCCCGCUCUUUUCUCGUUAACAUUCGUGAAGAAUAUCAAAGCCUCGAAACAAAAUCUUCCUCCUAGCCCACCACAGCUUCCGAUUAUCGGAAACCUACACCAGCUUCGAGGAUUGUUUCACAGAUGUCUUCAUCAUCUCUUCAAGAAACAUGGAUCUUUGAUACUACUCCGUCUAGGGGUUCUUAGAAUGGUCGUGAUCUCAUCGAGUGAAGCAGCUGAAGAAGUUCUUAAAACCCAUGACACUGAGUGUUGUACACGACCCGUCACUAUGGCCUCAACCGUUUUCUCGCGUAACGGUAAUGACAUCGGCUUUGGGGAAUACGGUGAGGCAUGGAGAGAGCUGCGUAAGCUCGCGGUUCGUGAGUUUUUCAGCGUGACAAAGGUUCGAUCUUUCAGGUACGUUAGAGAGGAAGAGUGUGACUUGAUGGUCAAGCAACUGAGAGAAUUGGCUUUGAAGCAAUCUCCGGUGAAUUUGAGUAAAACCCUUUUUUGCUUAACUGCUAGUAUCGUCUUCAGAUCUGCCUUGGGGCAGAGUUUCUUGGAGAACAAGCAUAUCGAUAAGGAAGGGAUCGAAGAGCUGAUGCUUGAAGCUCACAGUAACAUGACUUUCAAUUUAACUGAUAUGUUCCCCACUGCUGGUCUUGGAUGGUUCAUGGACUUUGUAUCAGGGAAACGUAAGAGACUUCAUGACGUUUUCACUGAGGUUGAUACUUUCCUUAAUCAUAUAAUUGAUGAUCAUCAAUCCAAGAACUUCACACAAGAUCGUCCUGAUUUCAUCGACUACCUCUUAGAAAUGAUACCGAAACAAGAAGAAAAUGAAUCUUUCAAGCUCACCAUUGAUCAUCUCAAAGGAAUCAUCCAAGAUAUAUAUCUUGCUGGAGUAGAUACAAGCUCCAUCACCAUGAUUUGGACGAUGGCAGAGCUCGUUAGAAACCCUAGAGUGAUGAAAAAGGUACAAGAUGAGAUCCAUAGUUGCAUUGGAGUCAAACACAAGGAGAGAAUCACUGAAGAGGAUCUUGAUAAGCUUCAAUACUUGAAGCUUGUGGUGCAAGAAAGCUUAAGACUACACCCACCAGUUCCUCUAUUACUCCCCAGAGAAACAAUGAGUCAAAUCAAGAUUCAAGGCUAUGACAUUCCACCAAAAACCAUUCUAGUGGUGAAUGCUUGGUCGAUAGGUAGGGAUCCUAAAAAAUGGAAAGAUCCAGAAGAGUUUGUCCCGGAGAGGUUUAUCAACUGUCCUGUGGAUUACAAAGGACAUGGCUUUGAGAUGUUACCAUUUGGCUCUGGAAGGAGGAUGUGCCCAGGUAUGGCUUCAGGGAUUGCGACCGUUGAACUGGGACUCUUGAAUUUGCUUUACUACUUUGAUUGGGGAUUGCCUGAGGAGGGGAAAGAUAUGGACAUGGAGGAAGCUGGUGUUCUUACUGUUGUUAAGAAAGUUCCUCUUGAGCUUCUUCCCAUUCUUCGUCAGUGAUGGGGUCAAGGAGUCUUUAAUUUGAGUACAAGAAGUUGAACUGUGUAAAAUACUUCAGACUAGAGUUGUGUUGUGAUUUUAAGAAUAAAACUUGUGGGGGAGGGGCGGGAACUAAUGUUUUAUUUUGCUAAAAAGUAUUUUGAAUUUUUGAUGCACUGGUUUGUAUCUGGAUGUUGUAUAGUUUCAACAUUCAAAAUUAUCAUCCAUAUUCUGUAUUCAGAUAUUUUUGUUUUUAAA